AUGGAGAAGCACGCAACUGCCAGGGGUUUUUGUCUGUGUCACUUGAUUGCCGUUUGGUAUCAGACCGGAAGGAUCGGUCUAUAUUUGGGUUUCUAUAAUGUGGGCUAUGCGGAACACCUGAGAAAAUUUAUUUGCGAUGAGCAGCUAUAUGUGCAAAUGAUGGCUGUGGUUAAUUUGCUGGCCAGUUGCCUUUAUAUGUGCUUCAGUCAUCGUUGGAUCUACGAUCAGUUUGUCUUUCUGCUAUAUAUCCCACUUUAUGUGUACUUUUUGAUCCUGCGAAAACAUCUUGCCAAGCUCUUAAACGAAUGUGCUGGAGUGCAUAAAUCAAUGCAAAGAAUUCUCGGCAGUCGAUUGUGUGUUAAAAUCCACAGAGAAUGCAUCUACAACUUGCUACUCAUAGUGAUGAUUAUUUUACUGCUUGCAUGGCAACUUCAAAUCUACUCGGCUUAUCAGAGUGUUUUAAUAUUCGGCGUGGGAUUUAUCUACCACUUUGAGUUGCUCUUUUAUGGAAACUAUCUAAUAUGGCUAAGUUGUAUCUACAGAUCUCUGAAUGUUUUCCUCUCUCGAGAGAUGAGAAGUGAUAGAUUGUAUACUUUAAGAGGAGUGCUAAGACAGCAGAAGAUUAUUUGGCUUGUUCAUCGAAGCGUCUCCAAAUAUUUUGCCCUGCAUAUAAUAAGUUUUAUGAUCCAACCGGGAGUUAAAAUGCCUAUGAUAAUUUAUAGCUCUGGUCAGCACCUAAAUGCACAAAUGAUUUCGUUAGCUUUACAUUUAGUUUUGCUGGCUUUGUUCUUGAUAAUUGCGUUGAACCUGGAAAAACAGCAUCGGAAAUUUCAAAAGAGUUAUCUGAAAUUAAAAGACGAUCCCGACUACUUUGUUUUGAAAUCCUGGCGAUUGUUACAGCAUAGAACUUUGCCAAAAGCUUUUGGAGUGACAUUAAUAAGAAGAAGGGAAAAAGUUAUGUACAAUCAAGAUGUAAUAACCACGAUGUUCACCAACAACUUUCCCGUUCUGCAGUUAACUAAAAAAACCUUUUAUUUAACAACUUUUGGUUUCGGGGCUCUUAGCUUUGGAAUUUCUUUGUCCAUGUUAAGGAGUUGCCUAAAAACCCACAUGCGUGAACUUCUGCUAAUGGUUGUUACUCGCUUACUUUUCCACAAAAACCGAACUUUGCAGGACUUUGAGUAUGAGUCGCAGGAUGAUUUCAAUGGCAAUGUGACACAAACAAUUAGUCAAGUCUAUCGCUUUUAUUUCUAUGAUGAGUUCCAGUGA